CUAAGGAUAAGAUUUGGUUGCAAAGAAGUCAUUUCGAGUGCUUGGACACCACAGGUUGGUCAGUUUGUCCAGGAAAGAGUUCAAGCAGCGAAACCUUUAUGGCCAAGGUGGAAACCUACAAAGGUAAAACAUGUCAUUAACCUAAGGACUUUGAUUAUAGAAGACAAACAAGGAAAAGACAGAAUUGUCAGCAUUGAUAACUUAAAACCAGCUUCUAAAUUUGAGUUAGAAGAUGACAAACCCUCUGACUUACUCUCAGUGGGUUACUCUGAAUGAAGCAAACCGGAUUAAUAAUCAAUUUCAAAUGAUGCCAUUUUCUUCAAAUCCAGAGACUAUAACACCUUUUUAUUAUGAUGUUGAAGAUGGUGAUCAAAUAACUGAAGUAGAUUCAUUUGAUACACCAACACCAGUUACAAGAUCUAAUCCUGUUUUACCUAUCAUAAAUACUAUGCUAUCAGCACGAACACUGAUACAACAACAAGGACUGAAAAUGUUAAAGAACUUGUUCAAUUAUAAAAACCUUAAAAUAUUGAGAUAUACAGUACUGAUACUUUUUAUACUUCUCCUUAUCUUGAUAUCAACCUGCAUGGUAGUUUUUCGUCUACAGUGGAAUAAUCUUGCAAAGAGACCUGGAGCUGUUCUGGCAUGGAAUCAAACAAAAGCUCAAGAGGAUGCUGUAACAACGAUAUCAAGACUAAAAAGAGCUGAACAUUACAAUCUGCAACCUGUAGAAAUAAAGAUGAAUGGGCUACUGCAAGGAAUUUAUUGGAAACCAUUUCCAAAACCUAUAAUACAAAAACAAAAAGUAUUAGGAAUAUCUCAAGUCGUAGUGAUAGAUUCAACAGUAAUAUCAAAGAAAGCAAAAAUUACAACUCAAAUGGGAAGAAAAUUGGUAAAAGACCACAUAAAUGGGCAAAUGGAAAUGAUACAAGCAAAGACUUUAGAAUAUGAUUUGCCUUUGCAAGAAUACUGGAAACAAAAGACAUACAGAGAGAAAAUGUGUUUUUCAACAUUUGCACAUUGCUAUUUUGUGGACUUUCAAGGGACAAGGAGAUGGCCUGCAAAAGAAAUAAAAGCAGAUCAAUGUCCACAUCCUGGGAUUACAAUUGACAAAGUAUAAAGAAUAUCCUAUUUUUUAUCUAAACACAGGACAAUUAACUCAAAAAGGCUUCUUUCCUGAAAAUCACACAGAUCCUCGCAUUGCAUUCUGGGAAAAUGCAGAGGAGGAGGAAUACAGGUUUCCUGGAGGAGUAAAAUCAUAUAAUGGAGCAGUAUUUUGUACUAACACACUUUAUUCAGAAUAGUGGACACCAAAGUUACAUACAGAUGAAGGAUACCUGCAACUAUUUGAGAAACUUCAGCUUGAAGUAGUGUAUCAACAGACAGGAAGACUGCGAGAGCAAGCAUUACCUACAUAAUGGAAUGAGAAAGGAAAAGAUGAAAUGUUUUUGAAUCUAAAAGAAUGGGAUACAUGUACAAAGCCAAGAUAUGCAGCUUUCUUAAAUACAAUGUAUUAUAGUCACUCAUGCAAAGAAAAGAACAAUCUUUGUAAUAUAACAGUUGAAGAUCUAAUUAAAAAGGGCAUUUGUGUCUUGGAAACAGACUAUAGAUGUACAUC